UUUUUUUUAAUAUAAUAAGGUUCAAAUAUAUAUAUAUUUAAGGUUCCAAACAAACAGAAUAUAGUAACAAAGACAGAGAGGAAGAGACACAAUAGAAUCACACAAAUUAACAAUUCAUAGUUGAGGAAAAAUAAAAACUUUGUUGGUGUUAUGUUCUUUCAUAAAUAGAUGGUUUUAUUUUUUUUGUGAAGGAACAUACAUUUGUAUAUUUAAUUAAGGUUGAGAGAUGAUGUUGAAGAUGAAGGUGUUGUUGAGUGAGAAGAAAAAACAUGUUAUCUUGUUUUUGUGGUUUGGAAUGAUUUUGCAGCUCUUGCUAUGUGCUUGUUCUGAAGACACAUCAUUGAGCAUUGGAUCAACAUGUAUAGUCAAGCUGAAUACAGAAGACCAACGACAGUUGGUUAUUGACAAUGGCAUUGUUUUGGUCACUUUGUCAAUACCCGAGGGCUACAUUCUUGGAAUAUCUUAUAAUGGAAUUGACAACAUUCUUGAAUCUGAAGACCAAGAACAAGAUAGAGGGUACUUCGACGUCGUUUGGAAUGAACCAGGAAAGCUUGGGAUGUUCCAGAGAAUCCACGGGACACAAUUUUCGGUUAUAACAGCUGAUGAGAAUUUGGUGGAGGUUUCAUUUUUAAGAUCAUGGACACCCUCCAUGAGUGGCACCAAUGUACCCAUAAACAUUGACAUAAGGUACAUUUUCAGAAGUGGUGAUUCAGGAUUUUAUGCAUAUGCAAUAUUCGAUCGCCCAGAAGGAAUGCCAGCAGUUGAAGUUGAUCAAAUUAGAUUUGUUUUCAAACUCAAUCAAAACAGGUUCAACUACAUGGCUGUGUCUGAUAUAAGGCAAAGAACCAUGCCAACAAUGAGAGAUAGACAAACAGGAGAAGCCCUAGAUUACCCAGAAGCAGUUCGAUUAACCAAACCAAUUAACCCACAAUUUAGAGGAGAAGUGGAUGACAAAUAUCAGUACUCAUGUGAAAACAGAUAUAACACUGUUCAUGGAUGGAUUAGUUUUGAUGCAAAUGUGGGUUUUUGGAUGAUAACACCAAGUAAUGAGUUUCGCAAUGGUGGGCCCAUUAAACAGGACCUUACUUCUCAUGUUGGACCCAUCACUCUCUCUAUGUUUGUGAGCACUCACUAUGCUGGAAAGGAAGUAACCAUGGCAUUUGAAGAAGGAGAAACUUAUAAAAAGGUUUUUGGCCCUGUAUUUAUUUACCUUAACUCUGCUUCAAGUGAUGAUAGUAAACAAUCCCUAUGGUCAGAUGCUGUACUACAGCGAUCCCAAGAAGUCCAAAAUUGGCCUUAUAAUUUUCCUAGAUCACAACAUUUCAUUCCACCAAAUCAAAGGGGAACAGUAUUUGGAAGAUUACUAGUCCAAGAUUGGUACAUUUUAAUAUUUUGUUUUUAUCACAAUGUUAAAUUUAUUUUUUUUUGUACAAAUUUAAUAUCUUUUUGCUUUGCCAGGUACUUCAAUGGAGGGAGAUUUCAAUUUACUAGUGCUUAUGUCGGUCUAGCUUUGCCUGGAGAUGCAGGAUCAUGGCAAAGAGAAAGCAAGGGAUAUCAAUUUUGGACUCAAGCUGAUGAAAAGGGAUACUUUAAAAUAAAUAAUAUUGUGCCUGGUGACUAUAAUUUGUAUGCUUGGGUCCCAGGAUUCAUUGGUGAUUAUAAAUAUAAUGCUACAAUCACCAUCAUCCCAGGAGGAGUCAUACAAUUAAAUUCACUUAUAUAUAAUCCUCCAAGAAAUGGACCAACAAUUUGGGAAAUUGGAAUCCCAGAUCGUUUGGCUUCAGAAUUUUAUGUACCAGACCCUUUUCCUACUCUUAUGAACAGAUUAUACACUGAACCACGCAGAGACAAGUUUAGGAAUUAUGGGUUAUGGGAACGUUACAAGGAAUUAUAUCCAAAUAAUGACCUUGUUUACACUGUUGGUGUUGACAAGGAUAGGGAUUGGUUUUUUGCUCAAGUUACAAGGAACAUAGAUAAUAAGACAUAUGCGCCAACAACAUGGCAGAUUAUAUUUGAACAUGAAAAUGACAUAAUAAUUGGAAGCUACACACUACAAUUGGCCUUGGCUAGUGCUGCUGAUGCUGACCUACAGGUUCGGUUCAAUGACCCAAGCGUGUAUCCACCCCACUUUGCAACAGGGCACAUAGGAGGAGAUAAUGCAAUAGCAAGGCAUGGAAUUCAUGGAUUGCAUUGGUUAUUCAGCAUUGAUGUGCCAAGUAAUCUUCUUGUGAAAGGAAAAAAUAUCAUUUAUCUAAGACAAUCAAGAGCCAUAAAUCAAUUCCAAGGAGUUAUGUAUGAUUAUAUUCGGUUAGAACGACCACCAAUAAUUUGAUUGUGUUUAAUUAUAAGUAGGGUGAUUAUUAUAUUUGAGCAUUUCAAUUGAUUUUCUCAUUUUAUACUA